UUCGAUACAACAUGCGCUUAAUGUUCAUCACAGGCACCUUUCUACUGCUUCUGAUCUCACCAGAAGCCGGGGCCAAAGCGGUAUCGAAAAGACAUGUACGUCGCGAUUGGCUGAUCUUACCGGACACAGUCACAUUUUGGAUCUAUGAGUCGGUAAACAAGGUUUCGCCAUCUACGGGGAAGUUCCUUAUGGAUAUUUUUGAAACACCCCUGGUGCAGAACACAAGAAGUUUACUGAUCAAGCAGACAUCCCAACUGAGUUUGAAAGCUGAAGACCUUUAUAAUAAGAUCGUUGAAUUGUGGCAGAAGAAAGAAAAAAGUGAAAACUGAAUGAAAAU